AAAGUUUCCCUUAAGUUUUAGUUUUCAUAAGCUUAGCGUGUUUAACGCAUGCCAUUAUUGCCUAUCAGAAAUGAGACUCACAUCAUGUGUUCCGCUAUUUUUCAAGAGAUCUCUUCAAGUUCAAGAGCAGUUUAUUCGUAAAAAUAUAAAAAGUUAUUCAACUUCAACUAAUUUUAAAACGAGAGAGUUUGAAGAAAUAAAAAUUAGUGUCCCUUGGGGUCACAUCGCAGGAAAAUGGUAUGGUCCAAAGGAUAAACGACCAAUCGUUGGCGUCCAUGGCUGGCAAGACAAUGCCGGUACUUACGAUACCUUGGCACCUCUCUUACCACACAACAUCGGCUUCUUGGCCAUUGACUUACCCGGUCAUGGAUUAUCAUCAUGGAUCCCAGCUGGUUGCAGCUACCAUUCCAUGGAUUACAUAAAGACUCUAUUUUUUCUGAUGCACAAAUUCAAAUGGGACAAGAUAUCGAUGAUAUGUCAUUCGAUGAGCUCAAUCAAUGGAUUCAUAUUUACAUCUUUGUUUCCCGAUAAAUGUGACAUGUUUGUGGCAUUGGAUGUCCUGAAGCCAAUUUUAAGGAAUAAAGAAAACACAAUCACUGCAAUAACUGAGCAAUUUGAAGGACAUAACAAACAAAUGAAAAUCAAUCUCGGCGAUACAAAACCUCCAUGUUAUGAGUUAGAUGAGUUGGUUGAAAGACUACACAAAGGAACUGGACAAUCAAUUUCAAAGGAAUGCUGUAAAUUUAUUUUGCAACGAAAUUCUUUACCUUCGAAAGAUGAGCCAAAUAAGUUUUACUUUAGCCGUGAUGGUCGAUUAAAGUCAAUGAUGUUUUAUGUAUUCCCGCAUGAUGUUGUUGUAGAAAUGGCACAGCGAAUUAAGUGUCCACAUUUGUUUAUUAAAGCUAAGAAUGGUCCAAAAUUUGGUAUGAAAGAAGACUAUGAAGAAGUUCUUAAUAUUCUGAAACAAAAUCCUGCAUUUGAGAAACAUGAUGUCAUGGGAACGCAUCAUGUCCAUUUAAACGAACCACAAAAAAUAGCUAAUAUUGUAAAUCCAUUUAUAAACAAAUAUAGACCAGAAUAAAGAAAUAGUAUAUGCAGAAACAAAAAA